UAACCGUUGCAACCACCCGUGCGACUCCGGAGCCCCCGGAACCCUACUCGCCCGACGCCGCUGCCUGGGACCUCCGCCGCCGCCUCCGCCGCCGCUACCGGCGAAGGUACUACUCUGCACAAUGGAUACGGAGCCAAGCCCCUUGAUUGUCCCCCCAGUUAGGGAUUGGUCUGAGCUUCCACUCGAUGCCCUCUCCACAAUUUUCAUGAAGCUUGGGACCAUUGAGAUCUUGAUGGGCGCAGGCCUUGUGUGCCGCUCCUGGUUGGUGGCUGCAAAGUCACCAGAACUGUGGCGCUUCGUGGAUAUGACACACCAUCAGAUGAUUUUCUCAAUGAAUGUUGGGCCAGAGACUUUGUGUGCAAUGGCCAAAGUGGCCAUAGAUCGCUCUGAUGGACGAAUGGAGUCAUUCAGGGCUCAGAUGUUUGUUACCAGCGAACUCUUGGAUUACAUUGUGAGCAGGGCCAAUUCAUUGAAGAGCAUACAACUUACGAAUUGCUUGUAUCUUUGGACCCACAAAUUGGGUAGGUUUGCAUCUCAAUGCCCCCUUCUGGAGGAGAUAGAGUUCUCGCACCAAAAAAUGCUACCAGAACUUAUCAGGCAUCUUGGUAGUGUGCACCCAAAUCUGAAGUGUCUAAGAAUUUCUCUACCAUCCGUUUACGAAGGCGGGGUACAUAGGGAAUAUGACGAGUCAUGGGAGGAAAUGAAAAAUGAAGAGGCCUUUGCCAUAGCAGAGAGCUUGCACGAGCUGCGGUUUCUUCAGAUGGCUGGCAGAUGCCUGUCCAACAAAGGAGUGUAUGCCAUCAUCAAGGGCUGCCCUCACCUCGAAUGCCUCGACAUCACCAAAUGUUGUGAUGUGGAUGUCGAUGAUAAACUCCGUGCUCGCUGCGCCAAGAUCAAGUGUGUCUUGUUACCCAAACAAAUGGGUUGGUCUUCACUUCCUGGAUCUUCAUGUCAAAUAGAGGACAAGGCAAAGACUACAAUCUCACCGUAGAGGCGAGACCUUCUAUGCAGGAUUAAUUUGAGCAAGGGUGUCUUAAACUCAGGCCUCUAAUUAAUUUGACUUCGAAUAGAAUAUCAGUUGAGUAUUUUAUGUGGUAUCCAACUAAUACAAUACCUAAAGUAGAUAGGUGCCAUAGCAAAGAUAUGGGAAAAUAUCCUCGCAUGUGAGGAUGUUCUAGAGAUAUUUGUACGCUCCUCAUUCUGGUCCAAGGUGGGGAGCGUUUACCUUGUAAUUGGACCACUCUUUCUCUCUUAAUACAAAGA